UUUUCCCCGUGCGACUUGCUUAGUUGCGCCUCCGUGCUUGCCUCCCUUCUCUUGCUCCCUCCCUCCCCUCCCCUGCCUCCCUUCCUCGACCGCCAUCCAGAUGACUGUGAGCGGAAGAGCUUCCUGUAGGCAUGUGUACAGUGUAGAGAGAGUGUAAUGCACUCUGGUUCAUUGGGAUCUUUGGCAUACGGUGGAAUUGCGAAGGAGCAGCCCCGACGCGAGGAAUCCGAGUGUGAGUGAGUUUUUGGGAACACGGAUGAAACAUCCCUGUCGAUUGGUCGAUUGACUGAACCGGAGAGGAGAAGCGAGAGACAGAGGGAGAGAUUCAGACACAGAGAGAGAAGCGUCGUGAGAGAGAGCGAGCGAGCUCCCCUGUCCUGUAAAACGCGUUUCAAGAAUCGGAGUCAGGUUGCGGUUUCUGGUACUACUCACGGCCAAGGAUUGGACUGUUUUCGCUUCGACGGCUGCUGAUUGAUAGCUUUUAGUCGUUCGUAGCUGGGCAGAGGUGGGUUUCGGGUUUGUACAGUGCGUGCCUCAGUCCAUCGCAUUAGCAGUCUCCAACGAUUGGAGCGGACAUUCGCAGGAACCAUGAAGAAAAUGUUGCCCUGCUCCAACUCUUCAGGUUUGUAACGUCCAUACGCCGUCAAUUGUUGUAGUGGGAACCAGUGUCUGUAGAUCCUCCCGUGGAUGAAGUAGCUUUUGCGCUCCGAGAGCCGUAGAGGUUUUAGGCAGAUUGUUGCACACCUACGGCUCGCGGCUCGUACACCUCUGGCGUUGUGGGGGGUGGUGAAACGCGAAGCGGCUGCAGUCAGUCCUCGAGAGGGGAUCUGUUUGAAGAUUGUGGGCGAGAGGAGGAGGCGGGCAGUUUGUCGAUUGGGCGCUCCUCACGCCGAGUCGAUAACAAUCAAGUGAAUCGAUGCAUUGUGGCAUGUGACAGCAGGCUCCGGAGCGAAUUCGAGAGCCGAAGCGGGCAGCAUGUAUACAGAUACUCGCACGGGUUAAGGCCGCCCGCCGUUUGCCGGAGGAUCUUUGAAGUUUGAACGGGCGUCGUCGGGACGGACGUUGCCAACGGCGAGGACAGGGACCGGCCUUGAAUACGUUGAGAGCGUCGGACGUCGCAGGUUCGGAGCAGCCCGACCCGCGAGAGCUCUGGAUUGGUCGCAAGUGGCGCGCCCACUUGGCCGCCGGCGCCACUUGCAUUCUAGCGGAUUGAUUGUUCACAACGGUCUGUUCGUAUCGGAACUUGUACAGACACCUGCGACGGGAGGGAGUGGCGCCAUUUCUGCGCCUUUGAUGGUUGGGAGAUCGCUGGCCCGCAGCGAGCUUUCACCAAUUUGGACAUUGGGACAUGGAAGAGCUUCGUUAUUCUUCGUUGUCCACGACAGAUGACGUUUUGUAGUUCAGAAGGCUUUGGUGUACAGUUAUUGAGUUUAGUUGAGUUCAGCGCUCCGAGGAAGGUACAGGCACCGCUGUGUUUUUUGGGCGACAAUUUGGCACUCGUCGAAGCAGCACAGCGGAACUUGUGAUGACCUCCGCCGUGGAGCAGGCAGGGAACGACCAUCCGGUGGGCUUCCCUCCUCACCGCGACGGUCCUGUAUCGCAGUCGCAUUUUUCCCAGUUUUGGUAUCGAACAAAUUCCAUUCCGGAACCCAUUACCGUCAUUUCUCCAUCAAUGGGUGCAUCAACGCCACCGCCCCGAGGAGUCCUCAAAUUGGACGUCUACGGUAGUUCAGCGAAAGACAUGACGCAUGAUUUGCCGCAUUGGAUGGACUCGAAACGGGGCCAUACACAGUCUGCAACUCGGUUGGAGAUAACCCCUGAAGCAGGUCCCUCUACUCCCAUGAAAUGCCCUCCGAGGCAGCUUAUUGAACCCCCGAACUCUUUGCACCAGUUUUCCCCAGGAAGUUCUUAUGUCGCCUUGUUCGAUAAACGCAGCAAGCUGACUUGGGCCAGGCAGGAACAGUCACCAAACAUACCGGCAGGUGCGAACUACCCUGUGCCUGCUUCUUCAAACAGGGGGACCGAUCAUUCUGGUUUGCAGCGGGAUUCCGUACAGGUUCAGAAGGAAUCUCAGAAAGAAAACGUGAUGUCACUGACAGUGCUCAACUCUGCGCUUCAUAUGAUAUCUACGUCGAAAGGCGGAGCUUCUCCUUCCACAGGAUCCUCGCCGAUUGGUCAGCCCCCCUCGAUUCGCGCAUUGGCGACGAUAGCCGAGACGAAAUCGAAAACGACACAUCCGGACGACUCCAUAUUGCAGCUCCAGUUGCGACAUGAGCCGUGCAGCCGAUCUCCUGUCACAUCACCAGAGAAGUACUGUGGAGAUCGCCGGGCUCAUCACGAAGCGGUGGGAGGUAGUGACAGCACGUCACACGGAGUGAAGCAAGAAGCUCUGAAUAGACCCAGUCGAGUUAACGAUGGGGCUUGGAAUCCGGUGCGCCCAGGGUCAAAGUCUGGCGCACAUGAGUUUUCCCAUCCACCACAAGGUCACGAGUCAGCGAGGUCUAUGAUCAAUUCGUUGAGAUUGUUCCAGCCGAGGAGGCAAGCUACACAAGAAAGCCAAGGUUCUCUAGAUCUGCAUGCGGACCUAAGUCUGGCCCUGCAACCCGCCACCGAAUCUACUCAUCAUGCCAUGUGGCACGGGAGCGAGUCUCCCUCUAUAUUAUUAGCGCAAAAGUGGUCCGAGGUUAUUAGUCCGAAACCAGACACUUAUUUAACAGCCCAUAGUAACCAAUGUAGCGGAUCGACCAAUUCAACUCCCUCAGCUCCGCAGACCCCCGCCGAGAGCUUGUCCCUUUUCCAUCUCAUGCCUAGCAGUGAUACAGUAGGCCGGGAACAGUCCAGGACGGAUGACGAGAGGAUGGGAGGCCUGAAUGAUGGGACCGCGUCCACCGGGAGGAAGCGAAAACAAUUUCGCAAGGUGCACAAAACUGCGGAUUACUCACCAGGAGCAUCCUCUGCGAUCGAGCUGAAUAACCCCGCCGAGUACGCGGAUCUGCGCGAUCAAAUCAAAAAGAGGGUCAAGAGGGAGAAUUCAGAGCUGGUGCCUUUGGCAAACCUAUCGAGUGCACAGGAGCCAUUAGAAGACACCGAUGCGGAGCCUACGUCGUUUCAGCUAUGGUUAGAGACUUCUGAAACAGUUUCUCAUCCUAAGAAACACGACUUUUUCCCAGACAAGCCCAGGUGUGCCGAUGCCACGGUACCGUCUCCAUCUCAAGAAUCUCCUCUCAGAAAGGCGAGGCUGUGUGGGACCGGCAGUCCUUCACUGUUCAAAGACUCUCGAAACUUUUCACGGGACGGACUUCGCUAUCAGAACGGAGUCGUUAGAGACAACGCAGCAGCUGGAUCUUUCGACACGACGGCACCCAACAAGGCAACCCUGCAUUCCAUGUCACCGUUUCCCCCGAGACAACCGUCUGCCGCAACAGAGAUGCUUGAGGACACCGAGCUAGGUUUAGGAAGACCUUCCACUCUUAACCCGUCAGUAGCAGAGUGCAUCAGGAGCCUCCCGCAAGUCGUGAAAACCCUGGGAGAGCAAGGAGAAGAGGCCACCUGCGGAGACGCUUCAUGGCAGCGAUCGAAGCUUUUCACAGUCCCAGCUCAUGCGCCAAUGCCGAUUUGUCAUCCAACAUUUUCAGCCGGAGAGCCGUCUUUGCCACUUUCGCUGAGCUGCUUUGCCGAGCCCGUGAGAAAUCCUCCGGCUAGGAGCCCAGUUGCAUCGACGCCCAAGCCCGAAGAAGAAUGGGGCAAGUCUUUGGCGCUGUCUGCCACUCCUGUGGCACCCGUUCCUCCCCAUUCGUCUCCCGCAGGGCCACCUAUGACCUUCCAGGAUCGUUUUGUCCUGCUUCAAGCAUAUCUGAAGCACUGCGAUGAAGUUGGCACCAGUCAAAACGCCCAGGCCCUUAGGAAUCUUUCUCCCGCCGCGCGGAGCGGCGUUGCGGUCGAAUUAGAGUCGAAAGCCAUGUGGCUAUCGAUAGAGGAAGGCUUGGAGAUGAAGCGAUUGAAUCAUAUCAAUGUCAUGGGCUGGGGCACCAAAGCUUCACAGUUUUCUCAAGGAGAUGAGGGAGCUACACCGAGAGGCAGGAGGUUACCAGUGCCUGGAGACAUGCGGCCCCUUCCAUUUUUUUCACCAACCCUACCAGCAAGAGUUCCAUCGGGAGUGCUGUCAGUUGCUACCACUCCAACCCCAUUCACUUAGAUCAUCGCGGAGCUCUUUCAGAAUUUUAUUUUUCGCGCGGACCUUACUUAAUUGCGGUUCUACCACACGAGUCCACGCGGAGGUAAGGUAUCCCGUCUGUGGAGAACUCGUGCGCGGCUUAGCACCACCGAUCACCCACUUUUCAGAGGGUCGUUUUUUGUGAAUAACAUUUCCUUUGAGGUGGGGAUAGAUAUUCCCCGUCACGGGCCCAUUUGCUAGAUGGGUUGCAUCAAGUCAGUAGGUUUCAUGUACAGCGGAACUGUAUCAAGGACCCCAAUUCAAGGGUCAAUGGAAGAAAUGUCAGCUAAUUGCCGAUCACCUCCAUCUUUGAAUAAAUCAAGGAGUCAUGUAAUUUAUAU